CCCAGAUUCAGAUGUGGGUCGCGUGUGGUUCUCGCUGGAUUUGUAUUCUUUUGUGUCCCUUCCCCUAAGAGAAAGCUCUCUGUGCAACGUGUCUCGGAGGGAGGGGGCCGAUGCGAGGAGCUGUCCGCCUUGCACGUUCCCAAUCGCAUUACGUGAACAAAUAGCAUAGGAAGGGCCCUGCCAAGAAGCGCUUGUGUAACUUUGCAAAUGUGCCAGAAAGUUUAAAGUCUCGCAGCCUCCUCCUUCCUUCACUGCAGACACCAGCAAACGCAGGACGACGCCGAGACGCUGCCCGCCCGCUCCCACUGCUUCUGCUCUUCUCCCCAUCGUUCUUCUGUAAACACUAGGACGGCGGGGCCGGGGCACGCGCCACAUCCGCGCGCUCCGCACUCCGUCCUUGGCGUUCCGAGCCAGCUCUUGCAAGACGCUCCCAAGUGAUUUUUCCCUCCCUUUAAACAACUUCUGUACGCAGCGCUAGUCCUGCCCGCCCGCCGUCUGCGGAGAUUGAAGAAGGAAGAUGCGCUGUCUCCCUUCGCCCGCCGCUCUUCUCCUUCAGUGGCAUCUCUGCGUACACUUGGGCUGCGUUUUUCAAGUGGCCUGCCAGCAGCCCCGACGAGAGCCUCCUCCCCCCGCCGUAUGGAGGCAAAGGAUUCAGUGGGAGAACAACGGGCAGGUGUUCAGCCUCCUGAGCCUCGGCUCCGAGUACCAGCCUCCGCGCCGGAGGGACUCGGCCGCGCGUUCCUCCGCCGCCGCAUCCUCAGCUGCCUCCUCCUCCUCCUCGCUUCGCCAGACGCCUGUCCUGUUGCUCAGAAACAAUAGCACGUCUCCACGCUCUCGUCCACAGCCGUCUGUGGGCGCCCGGCCCCACGACAGCACGAACAGCAGGAGGCAGCCAGUGGCGAGGCACUGGUUCCAGGCGGGUUAUCAGCCGUCUGAGCCGAGGAACCAGGGCGGACCCUCGGCGGCGUCCACUUCCUCAGCCGCUGCCACCACCACCACCAGCAACCCCGGGGGCCGACCUCGCGGCUCCAGCCCUGCGGCCACGGAUGGCAGUCGGACCCCUGCCGCUAGCCGCCCCACCCUGAGCAACCUCCGAGCUCCCAGCCGAGUGGACGGCAUGGUGGGCGACGACCCCUACAACCCGUACAAGUACUCCGACGACAAUCCCUAUUACAACUACUAUGACACUUACGAGAGGCCGCGUCCGGGAAGCAGGAACAGACCUGGCUACGGCACUGGCUACUUCCAAUACGGUCUCCCAGACCUGGUGCCAGAUCCCUACUACAUCCAGGCGUCCACGUACGUGCAGAGGAUGUCCAUGUACAACUUGAGAUGUGCUGCCGAGGAGAACUGCCUUGCCAGUUCAGCAUACAGGUCAGAUGUCAGAGACUACGAUAACCGGGUGCUGCUAAGAUUUCCCCAACGAGUGAAAAAUCAAGGCACGUCAGAUUUUUUACCCAGUCGACCAAGAUAUUCAUGGGAGUGGCACAGCUGUCACCAGCAUUACCACAGCAUGGACGAGUUCAGCCACUAUGACUUACUGGACGCCAGCACUCAGAGGAGAGUGGCUGAGGGCCAUAAGGCGAGCUUUUGCCUCGAGGAUACUUCCUGUGACUACGGCUACUACAGACGAUAUGCCUGCACAGCACACACACAGGGGCUGAGCCCGGGGUGCUACGACACCUAUAAUGCAGACAUAGACUGUCAGUGGAUCGAUAUCACGGAUGUGAAGCCUGGAAACUACAUCCUGAAGGUCAGCGUCAACCCCAGCUAUUUGGUGCCCGAGUCGGAUUACUCCAACAACGUGGUGCGCUGCGACAUUCGCUACACAGGACACCACGCCUAUGCCUCCGGCUGCACGAUUUCCCCGUAUUAAGAGGCAAAAAGAGUAAAAUAUGAAAGUAAUGGAUGAACCAGUGCCCGAUGUUUUGAAAUGAAAAAAAAAAGAGAAAGCAAAGCAAAGCAAUCUAGAUUAACUUCAGUAGGAUGUUAAUGUUUGGAAAUGCACAGAAAAUGUAAAAGGAAUUAUUGUUUGGACGGCUCAAUGUCGAAACAACUGGAUUUCGAAAUUGGGAAUAUUUUGAUUUAUGCUUAUGAUAUAGUUGGGGUCUUUGGUGAAUUCUGCAAAGUGUUUCAAGUUAUCCAGUUAACUUGCCUACCAGGUUUGCCAACAAACCAGCAAAAUAGUUGUUCCAUUGAACUUUUAGUGAAUGAGCUAAAAUUGUUUUGUGCUCAAAAAUGUUUAAUGUUCUAAAUUACAACAAAAUAUAAUAGUCACCAAUUUGUAAACACUACAAAAAUUUAAUGUGGAAAUGUUAAUUCUAUCAUUACUCCUACAAAUAAAUAUGGAAAUAUUUGGUGCUGAGGAAAGAAUACACAUUAUUGAUUUCAAAAAAUAUUAAUAUAUAGCAAAGAAAUGUCAGUGUAUGUAUUUAGAUAGUUACAUUCCUAUAUAAAUUUUGUUUACAUUUUCAAUAUUAGUAGAUAAAUCCUUUUCUUUCUUCCAAAUACAUAGCUCAAUUCUGACACAAAUCAGGUUUAGUUUUCAAAUGAAUUAAGAAAUUAAACCACACAAUCCAAGUGUAAUAUUUUUUAUGAUGCUUUGUCCUUCUCUUUGACCUUGUCUCUGCAGAGAUAUUCAUAAUUAUAUUCUUAAAAUGACAAGUCAGGGGUUGGUGUGAAUAGGAUACCAUUUAUGCAAGAUACCAUUCUUAUACCAUGGGCUAAUUUUUAAAUUAAUAGAGGUUGAAAUGAAGUAUUACCAACAGUUUCUUCAAGUCACCUCUUCAGGUCACAACAUGAAAGUAGGUCCCCUAACGUAUCACUUCAGGUCAAACAUCAAUGGAAAUUACAUUUGUUGUCCUUCAAGAUAUUUUUUAAUUUCAUGCACCUGACUUUUUUUUAACACAUAAGAAUCAUAAGCCCAUGUUGCUAAAGAGAUGAUUAAUAUCAGUAAGAUCAUAGGUCCAUUGAAGUAUAUAAAACUACCAUGAAAACAUUUAAAAUAUUAUAUAGGUUAUACGACUUACUAUGUCUGGGUAAUAAAGGAACAUAAAAGUUGGUCAGAAUAGAAUGAAUCAUUAAUAUUUUUUUACAUAAGUUUAGCCCAAAUUAAUAUAUGGUAUUAAAUAUUGGUCGAAGAAAUUGGACAAAGGAGGAUAUUUUCUGUAAAGCAACAGGCUGUACUGUAUAAUAAGACAGCUGUGAUAUUACUUUUAAACUGUGAAAUAAUUUGCCACAACAGAAUUUGGAUAGUUUCUGUUUUUUCCUGAGAAGCAGGAGACACAGUAUGAAUUGUCCACACUUGAAAUCAAACUAUUUUAAAGUUUGUGGUGCUUAAGCAGAAAGAAUCAUAAAUUAAACAGUAUCAAAAAAUCUAAAUUAUGAUAUGCUUUUAAGCAUUUCCACAAGAUGUCACAUAAAAUUAAAAAGUGAAUUGAUACUGAGAGGGCUUCUAAGACAAAAAGGCACAAUCAUCAAUAAUCACGACCUGUUGGGAACAAAAAAGCUCUUCUCAUAGUGGAGUAACUUGGUGAAUACAUAAAGUGUGCAUCAUGCCUUUCAAAUGCAAAUAUUUACCAGUGUUUAGUAGUACAUUGAAAUAGCCACAAAGCUUUUGAAGAAUCUCUAUCUGGGCUAUGGAAUUACUCCUUUAGUUAUGGUCUUUUCUACUUGAGAUGAUCAUAACACACUUUUUUUUUAAAACUACUGUCAGUAUUAUUACUGAGCCAGAUUGGCAUCUGAAGAUUAAGACAUAUUUUCAUUAAGAUUUAUAAUUUAGAAUUGAAAGGAGUCUGUGAGAUUAUCUAGGUGAUUUCAAAUAGAUCAUGGAUCCAUUUGAAUAUAUAAAAACCAUAAUAAAAAAAUUUUUUUUACAGAUAAGCAAAUUGGGACCCAAAGACGUUAAGUGAUUUGCCCAGAACCAGGAGCUGAACCUAAAACUAAAUCUGCUCUUUUGCCCAUAUGCCUCUGCCACUUUACACACUUGUCCUUUAAAAACUUAGGUUGGUUUUUGGUUGUGUAAAAAUCACAGAUAUUCCAUUAACUAUAUCAUCAUAUCCUAAUAUAUUUAUUUGCCUUAUGUGAGGAAAUUGAUCACAACACGUAGCAAUGAUACAGCCUGAAAUGAUUAAGUGAAUCUGCCUCUACUAUUUGUAUUCACUGCCCCCUUUCACAGGAGCAAAAAGCUAUGAAGGUCGGCUGGUCAUUUUCAAGUUGAGGAAGUUUUGAUAAAGUUUGUAUUGUCACACAAACAUAUACUAACUAACAUUUAGAAGCAUGUUUCCAACAUCUCAGAAAUGGCUACCUUUUAAGUUUAAUAUUGAAUAUUUUGAUUAAAAAAAAAAAACUUCAUCUAUACUAGUUGAGGGAGCCCCAAAACAUCCUUUAUCCUAUAUCAAUUCUCCCUUUCCCCUGCAAAAUAAAUUUCAAUGACUAAUCACCAAAUCCUCACCUACUGGUAACCAAAAAUAAUUAAUAAAUAAAUCAAUAAAGUUCUAAAUUGAAAGAUGAAUAGAAAGCAAAAACUGACCCCCAAAAUAUAGGAAUUCUGAAGUUUGUCUUUUUGCAGGGCCAUGGGGGAAAAUACGCUUUUAAAUUCACCUUUUUUAUAUAUCAUAUAGUUUAUGCAUCAUAUGUUCUUUCAAAUGAUCUAAAAUUCAGGUUUCUAACAACUGAAUUCAAAACUUCCUUAUUGGUGGAUAAGAUCUAGAGUUCCCUAACAUAAAUCACCUCAUGUUUUAUUUUAGGCUAAUGCAUCAAAGAUUUGCAUAUUUUUAGAAAAGUCCUUAUAUCUGUUGAUGUAAGAUUUUUAUUAAAAUAUAUAUUGUGACCAUUUUACUAGGUAUUAUUUUCAUGAAAUCAUAAGAAUUAUGGUUUCAAACACAUUACAUUUUUUUCUUAGAAAAUUUGAGUAUUAUUCUACAAAUAAUGUUCUCCAAAUUUCAAAUUUUAAAGGAAAUGCAAAUAAUGUUCUCCAGAAUUCAGUCUUUAGAGGAAAUGGAAACUGAAGAUAAGAGAUUUAACUGUAUAACAUUAAACUUUAAAGGAUACAGUCCCUUUCAUAAUGCUGCUGGAUGUUUUUCAAUAAUUAUAAAAUAAGGAUCCCCCAAAUCCCAAAUAUAGGUGCAAUAAAAAGAAGUUUCAUUUUUAUUUCAUACCAAAGUUUAUCAUGUAUGUCAACUGGCAUGUCAAUAUACCUUCUGUCAAAUGUUUUUUCUUUCCUUUUUUCUCUCUCUUUCUUUCUCUCUUUCUCUUUCUUUCUCUCUCUCUCUUUCUCUUUCUUUCUCUCUCUCUUUCUUUCUUUCUCUCUCUCUCUCUCUUUCCUUCUCAAAAUUAAUUAUCUAUUCAAAAAAGUAAGUUUCAUUCACAAGCCCCCCAAAUUGAUCUUGACUUAUUCUAUAUGCAACAAUGCUUUAGGUUUUAAAUGGUGCUGAAUUAUUUCAACUUGAAUGUAAACCAUAAAUCCUGGCUAAUGGGACAUGAACAUUUAAUGUUUACCUGCAAUAAACUUAGUGAGAAGUCCCCUCACAGUGUUAUAAAUGAAUAUUUAGCAUCUCCCUCAUUCUUCAGAAAUUCCGUCUUUAAAAUCUUUAUAACUUUAUUUGAAGGUUCUUAUUUAAAAUGUUCUGCUACACCAUAGUCUUCAGUGCACUUUCAUAUUCUCUUCUUUUACGCCUGUAUUACGGUUGCAAAGUUUAUAUUCAAUGACUUGAAUAAACAUUUUCAAGCGUU